ACGUAAGCUUAAGAGUCAGAUAAAAAUAAAGAAAUCGAGAUAACGUUCGACCAAUUUCAAGAUAAGAAAAAAAAAGAAAAAAAAAACACUGGCCUAGCCUCCAUCAGCAUCACGGUAUUAGUCUCCGCCGUCAGUAGUUACGUGGGAAGCGUGGAGGAAGGGAGAAAACAGAGCGAGAGAUAGACACGAAGAGAGACAGAGAAGCAGGGGAAAAGAUAGACGGAUAAAGAGAGAUAGAGAGAGAGAGAAAAAAAAAGUAAACAAACGGCCAUUCAAAAAAGGAAGAAAGAAAAACAAAAAGAGGGCUAGAAAGAAAGAAAAGGAAAGAAAGAACAGAGACAAUUUCGAGAUGGCUUUCAGUGCGCUUUCGAAGAUCAAAAUCAAAGUGGAUCUCAAGCCCACUGUGGACAGCCUGGUGUUUCGACUCCACUAUCGAUACACGAACCGGAUCCUCCUCGCUUCGACCCUGCUGACCACACUCUACGAUGUCGUCGGCAAAAAGAUCGACUGCAUCACGAGCGUCGGCUCGGAUUCCUUCAAAGACGUGGUGGACAGCUACUGCUUCAUCAUGGGCACUUUCACGGUGGACAGGCUGCACGGGAAGCAAGUGGGGGUCCAGGUGCCCCACCCGGGUGUAGGGCCCCCCGAACCCGGCGACGAAUUCACCUUCCACUCGUACUACCAGUGGGUGCCGUUCGUGCUGUUUGCGCAGAGCCUGCUGUUCUACGCGCCGCACUGGCUCUGGAAGCAGUGGGAGGGCGGCCUCUUCAAGACGGUCAUCCAGGACCUCUCCAUCAGGGACUACCUCGGCAGGGAAAUGAAGCCGUACUUCAGCCGCGACGAAAGGUACCGGGUGCUGUCUUCCUACAUCCAGAACCACAUGGAUCAGCACAAGCGUUGGGUCUUAAAGUUCUUCCUGUGCGAGGCUCUGAACCUGGUGGUUGUGCUGUCCACGGUGUACUUCACGGAUUGGUUCCUUGGCGGGGAGUUUCUCACGUAUGGUACUAAUGUGCUCCAGGUGGCCGGCAUGGACCCCGAGAACAGGACAGACCCGAUGGCCUUCGUGUUCCCGCGGAUGGCCAAGUGCACCUUCAGGAGCUUCGGCAGUUCGGGCACCAUCCAGAUCCGCGACGUCAUGUGCCUCAUCGCCACCAACAUCAUCAAUGAGAAGAUCUACCUGUUCCUGUGGGUGUGGCUGGUCGCCCUGACGGCGCUGACGGCGGUCUGGGUCGUCUACCGUCUCCUCGUCAUGCUCUUGCCGUGUCUUAGAGUGGCUGUUCUAAAGCUGUACGUGAGGAAGACCUGCCACUCCGACGUCACAGCGAUCAUGAGGGAAUCCUCUCUGAGCGAGUGGUUCCUCCUGGUCAGCCUCGGGAAGAACAUGGAAGGGACUGUCUUCAGUGAGUUCCUCCAGUUCUUCGCCAACGAGCAGACCAAAUCUACGGACACGAUACCCGUGCACGAAUACGAGAGGGAGAGGAUGCCGCUCUGAGGGGAGCGUGCGAGGGGAGGGGAAGGGAGUGAGGGGGGUUAGGGGGGUUAGAAAGAGAGAGAGAGAGAGAAAAGGAGGGAA